AGGAAUCGUGGUUCCUUUAGCAUCCAGAGCUAGCGGACUGGUCUGGUUGGGGAAUAGUGUGGAGGAAGGUGUCCUGCGCACGACAGGCAGGGUGACAUCGGCGACUUCAGAUAUCCCCUGCUAAUCCUUUAGCUAGCCAUUAUCCCUCCAUGCUGUCCAAGAAAGGGAGAUAACGUUAAUAACCCUGCACUGCCACCUCAAUUAGCCACCGUCCAUAAGUGAUAAGGGAGACAGUGUUCUGCUUGAAGAGGGUUUCUUUUAGGGCUAAGUAGACUUCCUUUAUAUAAUAUCAAAAGUAUAGCUGCAGCCUCGAUCGACGUGACUUCUAAGAAUGAGGCUGCCGAGUAGCAGACAUUGUGCGAUUGAAGGAGAUGGAAAGAAGAUGGACCAAGCUCCUCCAGUCAGAAACCCUUUUGUGCACGUCUUGAAAUUCACUCCUAUGGAAAAGGCAAAGAUUGCAUUAAUGACAGUCACACUAUUCCCCAUCCGACUACUCAUAGCUGCAUUCAUGAUGCUGCUGGCCUGGCCUUUCGCCUUCCUUGCCUCAGUAGGGCGCUCCGAGACCACCAUUGAACCCCAGUGCCUCUGGAGAAGACUGGUCGACAUCAUUCUGAAGGUCCUCAUGAGGGUCAUGUGGUUUGCGGGAGGGUUCCAUUGGAUGACGGUGAAAGGGCGAAGGGCGCUGCCAGCAGAGGCCCCCAUUCUCACCCUGGCACCCCACUCGUCUUACUUUGAUGCCAUCCCAGUGACGAUGACAAUGUCUUCAAUUGUCAUGAAGGCUGAAAGCAAGGAUAUACCUCUGUGGGGAACUCUGAUUAAGUACAUCAGGCCAGUGUUUGUGUCAAGAUCCGACCAGAACUCGAGAAAGAAGACCGUGGAGGAAAUUAAGCGCCGAGCCCACUCCGGGGGAGAAUGGCCGCAGAUCAUGAUAUUUCCGGAAGGAACGUGCACCAAUAGAUCCUGCCUCAUCACCUUUAAGCCAGGAGCCUUCAUCCCAGCCGUCCCAGUGCAGCCUGUAGUGAUUCGUUAUCCUAACAGACUGGACACAAUUACAUGGACGUGGCAAGGACCAGGAGCAUUUGAAAUCUUAUGGCUGACACUCUGCCAGUUACAUAAUGAGUUUGUGAUAGAGUUCCUUCCCAUUUACACUCCCUCAGAGGAGGAGAAAAAAAAUCCUGCCCUCUUUGCCAUCAAUGUGAGAAGAGUCAUGGCCAGAGCCCUGGGGGUACCCAUCACAGACUAUUCAUUUGAAGAUUGCCAGCUGGCCAUGGCUGAGGGCCAGCUGAAACUGCCAGUCGACACCUGUCUGCUUGAGUUUGCCAAGCUCGUUAGGAGACUGGGGCUAAAACCCCGGAACACAGAGAAGGUUUUGCAGGACUAUGGGAACAGAGCCAGGAAGCUGGAGGGGCAGAAGCUGAACUUGGAGGACUUUGCUCACUUCCUCGAUGUUCCAGUGUCAGAUAUGCUGCGAGACAUGUUUGCUCUUUUUGACGAGCAUGAAGAUAACAGCAUGGAUAUUAGGGAAUAUGUGAUAGCCUUAUCUGUGGUAUGCAGACCUGCCAAAACUCUGGAGACGAUGAAAUUGGCCUUCAAGAUGUUUGAGGCAGACGAAGACGGUGCCAUCACAGAGAGGGAGUUGGCAGUUAUACUGAAGACAGCUUUAGGAGUGGCCCACCUCAAUGCGUCACGUCUGUUUACCGCCAUCGACGCUGACGACACAGGGAAGAUUACAUUCGACAAGUUCAGAGGCUUAGUGGAGGAGAACCCAGACUUUGCAGAGGACUAUCUGUACACAGAAAACGCAGGCCUUCAGACUGGACCCUGCCACGGCCACCAAACGCAGCCCAGCCUGGCCACCCUGAACCUGCAAGGCUCUGCCACCAGUAAAGCAGCCAACGGCAUCUGCCCAGACUUCAGCCCCAGAGUCCACGAUGGCACAAUAGAUGCACUCCUCAAGAAACACAAUUAAAGUUCUAGAGGGGGCAAACACACUCCUCUCCUGGUGAGAGGGGUUCAUGUGAGGUUAGUUACCUGUUUGUAACUUGUGUGAAAAGUAAGGGACUACAUUUCAUUAGUCACACCUACAAGUUUACCCUUUUUAUUAGUAAUGUCCACUAAAUUUAUGUGAUUAAGCCUGUAAAAGCUAAUUUUAUUAGUCUUUUUUUUUUUCAAAAUGCCAAAAUGGCUUUUUUCCUUUCUUCUUUAUUUUGGAUACAAUGCUUGAAUACUUGAAGGGCAAGCACUUAUUAAGAUCUCUGGGGCAAAUGUUUUAUUUUAUUAUUGUUAUUUUUUAUUUUUCCCUGCAACAUAGUCCUGGAUGUGCAUGAUUUUAACACAAGGGAAACAAAACGCAGACAAGCCCCAGACAGCAAAGUGAACAUAAUUUUAGUGAACCAUGUGUUUGAUUCUUGUUUAUUUUUUUAAUUCUUAUCCAUUUCCUCUCUUUAAUGGUAGCUGCCUUUUAAAAAGUGGAAGUCCAGAGUGACUGAGAAUGUGUCAUUGAAGGAAGGCCUGAGGGACCAGUGACAAUUGUUUGACCACUUGAAGCAUGUAGCUUCAGUUGCCACGUUUGAGGUUAGCUCGGGUCUCUGCAUGUUGAAGAUCAUAACUGCAAUGAGUCGUGUGUAUGUAUGUGUGUGUGUGUGUGUGUGUGUGUGUGUGUGUGUGUCUGUGUGUACAAUAUUUGAUUUAGCUCAGGGUUCAGUGACAAAAAUGAAAAAACUUAAUUCCUAUGAUGUCAUAAUUUUUGACGUGCCGUCGGUUGUGUGCAUUUGAACUCUUCUUUUCUUUCUUCUCCCUGUCUGGUCAUUUCUCAUCAUCGACUCAUCACCUCUCUUUUUUUGUGUGCGUGUGUUUGUAUUUAGUUGGGUUUAUCAAAAUUACAUGACACGGACCAAAAAAAUGCAUUGGGAGAUUUGCCACCUGUUACAUUUGUAUUGUCUUUUGGAGUCAGUGGUGUAAUGGCUUAAAGGGAACACAUCCCACCAUGUGACCACUGAAAGCACAUUCAGUCUGAUGGCUUUGUUGGGUGUCGUAAAGGCAAAAUCUCCAACUUCCCUUCACCAUUACACCAUGGCAACACCUUCACAUCACUUCCACGUUGUUCAUGUUAAUGUCUGAUUCCCCAGUUUGUGGAAAUGCGAUUCUUGUAGUAAACUUUCAGAGAGCCAGUCCCACUGUCACUUGUAAAGCAGCCCAUGCCUGCACACAAGUGUGUAGUUUCUUUUUCUGAGGUAAACUGUAAAACGGAUUACCUUUUACAUCCAAUAACAAGUGAGAAAUAUCUCUCUGUGGUAAGAUUUAUGUCUGGUUUUUGUAGAUGAUCACUCUGUGUGGUUUAAUUUGAGGUUAUGAUUGGCCCAUAUUUUCAGUUUGAAUCAGAAUGAAGGAUGAUUUUAAGGUAAGUUUUAUCUAAAAUCAAGCAAAUAAGAGAUUAUUUUAGCGAUGGAGUUCUAUUAUAUAGAAUGAUUAUUCUCAGUAACAUUCUUUUGAAUGUCAUCUUUUUAAAAUGUAUUUCUUUAAGCUUUUCUUAGAUCUAGAAAUCAUCUGACAAUGCAGAGCAAUCACAGACACUUUUCAAAGUGUUGACAAACGCCCUUUUCUUACAUUAUCAGGCUCUUGUAACUUUGUUCAUUUUGCAAUCAGUUGUCAGACGCUGAUUGGCUAUGCAUUUUUCUUUUUUUUCUUCACCCCAGAAACACAAAAACUGUGUUGCUGCCUCUCAGAAACUUUACAUUGUAAUUUUAUAAAGUACAUAAAUAUUUAAAGGAAUACCUCUCCUGAGCAGAUGAAGUGACACACAUUAGAAUCAGAAACCUAAUUCUUUGGUUCUCUGUAAAUCCAUUCCAUUUCCACCUUUCUCGUGACCAUGCAUUCUUUAUAUGUAUCCUCAUUUUGGCUUUUAGUGAAGCAAUAUUUCCCAUCCUUUAAGCCUUCUUAAGACGAAUGCUUUGAAGAGUUCCAAUAUGUAUUUUGAAUAUUCCAAAUGCAGGACAUUUUGUGAAUUUUUGAUAUACGCAUAUGAAUGAUUUUUAUUUUCACUGCCAUGACAAAGAUCUGUGAUCUUCUCUGCUCCGCAGAUUGUAUUGUGGGUGACAAACGAGCCACAUUUUUCUUCCCUUUUGUAUAAUCUGGCAGUUGUUUUGUGCUCUAUUCCUCCUACACAGUGUAAAGUUUUCUUGUUAUAUUAUUACUAUUAUCGCUGAGUUGACUGCUUCGAAGCAAAAUGCAGUUUUCAUAUGAAAACCAAUAGCCUUGAUAGCCUCUAUAAAAGUUUUAAUGCUUCAAAAAGAGAAUGUACAGACAAUCUUGUCACUAUCAGAAGCUCCUUAAAGGUCCAAUAUCCAAUGGACAUUUUCCUGACAUUUUCCUAAGAAAUGAUGGUUUUCAAAUGUUUGCUUUGUAUCUCUUUCGAUCUCCUUUUUUCUUUUUUUGCCCUUUUAAGUUUAAUGCGUGCAGGUUGAACUAAGGACAGUGUGUGUGUUAGUGACUCGGCCCUGAGGUGACACACCACCACAUGACGGGCCGGACCACACAAACACUCCAGACUGCACACUCCCAGAUCAACAUUUUCUAUGUUACGUGACAAUCUUUUAGCAUUGUCCUCUUACUACUUUACAACCCUUCACAAUUUUAUGUGUUUGUGCUUGCACUUUAGAUUUUUUAAAAAUCUUUUAAAUACAUGUCACAUUGCUGUGAAGCGUGUUCAAUUUGUAGGUUACAGUAUUGUAACGGUCACUUUUAUCACUAUGGGUAGGAUUUUACAUUCAUAUAUUUUAAAACGAUAAUGGGAGCACAGAGAAAUUUGGGGACCAGAGCCAUCAUCUGUCCCUCCCCCUACAUUUUCUUUGGUUGGUUUAACCUCUGCUUUGUCUCAGGAUUGUUGAAAGUUAGUAGCUUGAAAAUCAUUGUAAAGAUAUAAAUGACUUGAACAUGUUUGCACCGUGAAAUAGAUAAGUAUUAAGUGUACUCCUUUUUGAUGUGACUUUUACACCACAUGGUUGAUCAGACAGCUCGCUGUAUCUAUGAGGGAAAGCCCACUGUACUCAGAGGCUGAAUCUGAAAGAGAAUAACGAUUAAAAAAAAAAGAUUAAUCUUUUAGGAGCUGACAAAAGUAGAAUUUAGCUGCAAGUACCCCUGCCCAACGCCAUUUUGUUUUCAACAGAAUGUUUCUUUAAACUUUAAAUCUGCCAGUUCAUUUCAGUAUUUAAAUUUCAAAGCAAUUGUUGGGUUUGGAUGAACAUAGCAUUUAUUUUAUUUCAGUAUUUUGUCUCUCAUCAUUUUAAAAACCUCCAUACGGUUGAGUUACUGUUUUUUUUUCUAAAUUUGAGAUCCAUCUGAGACAAAUCAAAAUCCUGCAAACAAACCUUGUAUUUAUGCUAUUGCUGCCUGCCUGUUACCAUUUGUACAGCAGUGAGCCUAAGACGAAAGACUUGUGUACUCAAACAGAGCGAUGUUGUCUUUCUGAUGGCUUAUUGUGUAUGUGAAACCAAGAAACAGAACUGUAUAUUUUCUGUAGCUUUACUUCCUGUCUUUUUCUAUAUUGAACAGGUUUUAUUUUAUUAAUGCAUUUUGAUGAUAAAGGGUCAUUGUUGCAAGCUACUUGGGAUUUGUUCAGGACUGCUAUGAUGUAACUUGUUAAUGUGACUCUUGGAUGGAAUUAAAGGAGAAACGUUACCACACUGCUGCCUCGGUGUCACAAUUGGGAAGUGUAUGUAUAUGUCUGCAAGAUGUGGGUGUAUAAUAGUGGUGUAUAUGAUCAUGUGGCCAUAAUGCUUUUCAAAGGGGGAAGAAAACAUUAGUAACCACAAACUUA